AUGCACCUGUACGGAUGUGACAAUCUCCCCCGCAACAACAUGCCCCUCACAAAGAAUCUCCUCAAUCCCUCCCUACAAGAGGAAAAGAGGAAGCACAAGAAGAAGCGCCUGGUGCAAAGCUCCAAUUCCUACUUCAUGGACAAGAAGCACCCACAAUGCUAUAAAAUCACCACUAUCUGUAGCCACGCACAAACAGUUUUGUGUGUUGGCCGCUCCACUGUCCUUUGCCAGCCUACAGGAGGAAAAGCAAGGCUUAGAUAA